AUGCCAGCGCCGCUGGAAGAUCAUUUCAGCGCGAGCCCGGUGCUCGGCGCGCCGGGGCGCGCGAUCCCUUUCCUCUCCCUGCCUGCCAUAGGCCAGGACACGGGGUUGCAGGGGCUGCCACUGCCGAAAUCCGCAGCUCGGGGGUCCCCUCGUCCCCCCCAGGACUCUCUCGUCCAGACGUGGAGUCGCACAGCGGGGAACGACGGCGCACGCUCGGCCCGGGCGAAGCCCCAGCGGCUGCACGCCGGCGAGCGACCCUACGCCUGCACCAAGUGCGGGAAGAGCUUCAGCCGCAGCUCGGACCUCGUCCUCCACCAGCGCAUCCACACCGGCGAGCGGCCCUACAAGUGCCCCCAGUGCGGGAAGAGCUUCAAGAGCAACUCCAACCUCAACACGCACCGGCGGACCCACCUGGGCGAGCGGCCCUACAAGUGCCCCCAGUGCGGGAAGAGCUUCAAGAGCAGUUCAAACCUCAACACGCACCAGCGGACCCACCUGGGCGAGCGGCCCUACAAGUGCGCCGACUGCGGCAAGAGCUUCAGCUACAGCUCGUCCUUCCUCAAGCACCAGUGGACCCACACCGGAAACAAGCCCUACCAGUGCGCCGGUUGCGGCAAGAGCUUCUGCGAGAGCUCGGCCUUGAUCCGCCACCAGCGCAUCCACACCGGGGAGACCCCCUACCAGUGCUCCCACUGCGGGAAAAGCUUCAAGCAGACCUCGUCCCUCACCAUCCACCUGCGAACCCACACCGGGGAGACCCCCUACCAGUGCUCCCACUGCGGGAAAAGCUUCAAGCAGACCUCGUCCCUCACCAUCCACCUGCGAACCCACACCGGGGAGACCCCCUACCAGUGCCCCCAGUGCGGGAAGAGCUUCAAGUGCAGCUCCAACCUCAAUACGCACCAGCGGACCCACAGCGGAGAGAAGCCUUUCCAGUGCGGCAACUGCGGGAAGAGCUUCUUCAACGGCUCGGCCCUGAUCCGCCACCAGCGCAUCCACACCGGGGAGAAGCCCCACCAGCGCCCCCAUUGUGGGAAGAGCUUCUGCGAGAGGUCGGCCCUCAUCGCCCACCUGCGCACCCACACCGGGGAGACCCCCUAGCAGUGUCCCCACUGCGUGAAGAGCUUCAAGCAGAGCUCGUCCCUCAUCACCCACCUGCGCACCCACACUGGGGAGAAGCCCUACAAGUGCAGCGACUGUGGCAAGAGCUUCUGUGAGAGCUCAGCCCUCAUCAGGCACCAGCGGAUCCACCUGGGAUAGGCGCCUGCUGCUGCUCCUGCUCUGGGCAUCCAGCCCCGCUGCUUUCGGGGGCGCUCGGCCCGGGCGAAGCCCCAGCGGCUGCACGCCGGCGAGCGACCCUACGCCUGCACCAAGUGCGGGAAGAGCUUCAGCCGCAGCUCGGACCUCGUCCUCCACCAGCGCAUCCACACCGGCGAGCGGCCCUACAAGUGCCCCCAGUGCGGGAAGAGCUUCAAGAGCAACUCCAACCUCAACACGCACCGGCGGACCCACCUGGGCGAGCGGCCCUACAAGUGCCCCCAGUGCGGAAAGAGCUUCAGCGAGAGCACGUUCUUACUCAAGCACCAGCGGACCCACACCAGGGAGAAGCCCUACCACUGUGCCAGCUGCGGGAACAGCUUCUUC